CGAUAUAGUGAAUAUAAAAUUAUUUCUAAAGAAACUGCAUCAGUGUAGAGCUAAAGUGCGGCCCGAGUGUGUGUUUGGCUAAAAGCUCUCGAGAGGGACGUGAUAAUUCAGCCAUAUUUGUUUCGGGUGUUUGGAGCGGCUGUACAUUGACAAGAACAUGGCGGCUUCCAGGCAGGCAUGAGAGUGGAUACUUCUGAACAGAUUUGGAUGAACCUGGGCUAUCCUUUCUAAACAAGACCAUCAAAACAUCUCCCUGGAUAUCGCAACACGAAUAUCUAAAAGGACAUGUCGUCCCCUGGUUCCGUUGUGUCUGGAACCACCGUUGCUCCGCUGCAGCCGCGAUGGAAGCGGGUUUUGGGGUGGUCCGGGCCAGUACCACGACCGAGACACGGACAUAGAGCCGUCGCCAUAAAGGAGCUAAUGGUCGUGUUUGGUGGAGGAAACGAAGGAAUCGUCGACGAGUUGCACGUUUAUAAUACUGCAACAAACCAGUGGUUCAUACCAGCUGUUCGUGGAGACAUUCCUCCAGGCUGUGCAGCUUAUGGUUUUGUAUGUGACGGUACACGGCUGUUAGCUUUUGGUGGGAUGGUGGAAUAUGGAAAGUACAGCAAUGAUCUUUAUGAGUUACAGGCAAGUAGGUGGGAGUGGAAAAAAUUGAAACCUAAGGCCCCUAAAAACGGGGCACCGCCUUGUCCUCGACUGGGUCAUAGUUUUUCUCUUGUGGGUAACAAGUGCUAUCUCUUUGGAGGGCUUGCCAAUGACAGCGAAGACCCCAAGAACAACAUUCCCAGAUAUUUGAAUGAUCUUUAUACUCUCGAGCUGCGCCCUGGCUCCAGCGUUGCUGGUUGGGAUGUACCAGUCACAUAUGGAGUUCUGCCACCACCAAGAGAGAGCCACACUGCUGUAAUUUAUACUGAAAAAACUACCAAGAAGUCCCGUCUUAUCAUAUACGGAGGAAUGAGUGGUUGUCGUUUGGGAGAUCUUUGGACAUUAGAUAUUGACACGCUGACCUGGAACAAGCCUACAAUAAGUGGCACUGCUCCCCUCCCUCGCAGCCUCCACUCAGCCACUACUAUAACAAACAAGAUGUUUGUUUUUGGUGGCUGGGUUCCCUUGGUGAUGGAUGAUGUGAAGGUGGCCACACAUGAGAAGGAAUGGAAGUGUACUAACACACUGGCCUGCCUGAACUUGGACACUUUGUCAUGGGAGACUGUUUUGAUGGACACUUUGGAGGACAACGUACCACGUGCACGAGCAGGACAUUGCUCGGUUGCUAUCAACAACAGGCUUUAUGUUUGGAGUGGACGUGAUGGGUACCGCAAAGCGUGGAACAAUCAGGUGUGCUGCAAAGACCUGUGGUACCUGGAGACAGAACGGCCUAAUCCUCCUUCACGGGUACAGCUUGUCCGGGCCAACACAAAUUCUUUAGAGGUUAGCUGGGGAGCGGUAUCUACGGCAGACAUGUACCUGCUUCAGCUUCAGAAAUAUGACAUCCCAUCAGCCACUGCUGCCACCUCACCUACCCUCAAUGCAGUUCCCUCACUUCCUGGAAACUCUCCCAAAAGUCCAGCACCUGCAGCAGCUGCUCCAUCUGCUCACAGUCUGCCGCAGACUGGCAUCACUCUAGUGCCCCAGGCUGCUUCCCCCACAGCCUCAGUCUUGCCCAACAUGCCUGGAAGUCCCUUGGCUGCCUCAACAGCUCGCGGCCCAGCCAUUCUGAAAGUUGCAGCCCCUCAGCUGGGUGCUGGGACAUCGAUUUUCACUGUGCGACAAGCUGCCCAAGCUGGAAAAUCCCCAGUCACGGUGACAUCACUUCCUGCAGGUGUCCGGAUGGUAGUGCCUUCUCAGGCCACUCAAGGAACGCCCAUAGGCAGCAGCCCUCAGAUGAGUGGAAUGGCAGCUUUAGCUGCAGCUGCUGCAGCAACACAGAAAAUCCCCCCCUCCCCUGGAGCCACUGUUCUCAAUAUGCCGGCCGGGGCGACAAUCGUAAAAACGGUGGCUGUGGCACCUGGGUCUACCACUCACCCCACCACAGUAAAAGUGGCAUCUCCUGUCAUGGUAAGCAACCCUGCCACUCGCAUGCUGAAGACCGCUGCUGCCCAGGUGGGCAGUCCAACAGUGUCCAGUCCCACUACAGGUGCUCGGCCCAUUAUUACAGUGCACAAGUCUGGCACAGUUACUGUUGCCCAGCAGGCUCAGGUUGUGACCACUAUGGUGGGCGGGGUCACCAAGACCAUCACACUCGUCAAGAGCCCACUUUCCAUGGGAGGAGGUGGAACCCUGUUCUCUAACUUGGGAAAGGUCAUGUCAGUGGUACAAACCAAACCAGUGCAGUCAUCUGCUGUGACUGGGCAGGCCUCCUCCAACCCACUGACUCAGAUCAUACAGACAAAGGGUCCCCUCCCUCCUGGCACCAUUUUGAAGUUGGUAACGUCUGCUGAUGGAAAAUCAACCACCAUAAUUACCACCUCUCAAGCAGGUGGCACAGGAAACAAGCCCACAAUCCUGGGCAUCAGUGGCAUGUCCCCCUCUACCACCAACAAGCCGGGCACCACCACUAUCUUUAAAACAAUCCCCAUGUCUGCUUUACAACAGGGAGCUGCAGGUGUAACUAGUAGUGCAGGGGUGAAGAGCCCCAUCACCAUCAUUACUUCCAAGAUGAUGACAUCAGGAACUCCUGGCAAAAUUAUUACAGCAAUGCCUAAGAUUGGCACAGCAACAGGCCAGCAAGGCCUCACACAGGUCGUUUUGAAGGGUGCUCCAGGUCAGCCCAAUACCAUUCUUCGCACUGUGCCAAUGGGAGGAGUGCGUCUUGUUUCUCCAGUAUCCGUGUCUGGGGUCAAACCAACUGUAACAACAUUGGUUGUCAAGGGAACAACUGGUGUAACAACCCUUGGCACAGUCACUGGAACAGUUUCUAGCAGCUUAGCAGGAGGAAGCGUAACCAGUGCCAAUGCCACCCUGGCAACCCCCAUCACCACCCUGGGCACGAUUGCCACCCUCUCCAACCAGGUCAUAAAUGCCGCCACUGUUUCAGCUGCUCAGAGCAACGUGACCACCAUCCCGUCCACCAUGCAGCCCACCCAGGUGACACUCAUAACUACACCCAGUAGUGUGGAGGCUCAACCUGGCCAAGACCUGCCUGUUUCCAUUAUGGCCUCUCCCACCUCAGAGCAGCCCACCUCUACUGAAUCCGGGGCAGCUGAUGCUUCCAGCAGUGUAACUCUUGUGUGCUCCAAUCCUCCGUGUGAGACUCACGAGACAGGCACCACCAACACAGCCACAACAGCGACAGCAAAUAUGGGGACUGGUCCGACUGGAACAGUGCAGAGGGUAUGCUCCAACCCGCCCUGCGAAACCCAUGAAACAGGUACAACAAACACUGCCACCACAGCAUCUGCCAACAUGGGAACUGUUCAGAGGGUGUGCUCAAACCCACCAUGCGAGACCCACGAAACGGGCACCACCAACACAGCAACUACAGCAUCUUCGAAUAUAGGCACGGCCCCUACUGGCACAGUGCAGAGGGUGUGCUCCAACCCACCUUGUGAGACCCAUGAAACGGGCACCACCAACACUGCUACUACAGCUUCAUCUAACAUGGGAGGAGACCAAGCAGGAACGGUGCAGAGGGUUUGCUCGAACCCACCUUGUGAGACCCAUGAAACAGGCACCACCAGCACUGCAACUACAGCUUCAUCUAACAUGGGUGGUGACCAAAUGGGAACUGUUCAGAGGGUGUGCUCCAACCCACCUUGUGAGACCCACGAGACGGGUACAACCAACACGGCCACAACUGCUUCCUGCAGUAUGGAGACAGAUGAGGGAACAGUCCAACAGACUGGUGAAGCAUCAGAAUCUACCACCAGUACAGAGGUCCUGCCAUCCACUGCUGCACCCCAGAGCAGAGCCAUCACCACAGUCACACAGGCAACACCUCUACCAGGACCAGCUGUUCCAUCUAUCUCUUCAAUCACUGAGUCCUCCUCAGAGACGGGUGCUGAGCCUGUUGUAAUGGAAAGUGCGGAGGCAGAGUCCUUGCAGACAGAAGGCCAGGCAGAGGCGGUCACAAUGCAGGCAGAGUUCCAGACAGAACCAGGGGCAGUGGCUAUAUCGAGUGAUUUCCAGGCGGAGGCAGCGGCCAUGCCGAGUGACUUCCAGGGAGAAGCAGAGGCAGUGGCCAUGCAGGCAGAGAACCAGACGGAGUCAGAGGCAGUGCCCAUGGAGCAUGAGGUUUCUGGCUUGGGAGAGGGGGCUCAGCUGCAGCUACCAGCAGCAGAGAUGGAGGGUAUCGAUUCUACAUCAGCAUCCCAGGAUGCCGAGGCGCUGGCCCUGCCCCCAGAACUGUUGUCAGACGGACAUCCCACAACGCUGAUGGUGACUGGUCUGACCCCAGAGGAGUUAGCGGUCACAGCGGCUGCAGAGGCGGCAGCUCAGGCUGCAGCCACAGAGGAAGCCCAGGCCCUCGCUAUCCAGGCUGUACUACAAGCAGCACAGCAGGCUGUUAUGAACUCAGAUGAGGCCAGAGGAGACCACCAGCAGACCCACACCAUACCCAUCAUUUUGACCCAGCAGGAGCUGGCGGCUCUGGUUCAGCAACAGCAGCAGCUUCAGGCGGCCCAGCAACAACAGCAACAGCAGCAGCAACAACAGCAGCAGCAACAACAGCAGCAGCAACAACAGCAGCAGCAAGCCGCUGUACAGGUCGCUCUCCCCACCGAGGGCUUGGCUCCGGCUGACAGCUUAAACGAUCCAUCAUCAGAGAGCAAUGGACACAACGAGAUGGCCGCCGCUGUCACAAGCGCAGUGGCCGCACUUCUACCUCGGACUUCCGCAGAGACCUUGGCUCCAUCCAGCACUUUAGCGCCGGCAGUAGUUGCCAGUCCAGCGAAAUUGCAAGCAGCGGCAGCUCUCACUGAAGUGGCCAAUGGAAUCGAGGCUGCAAAACAAAAUCCUCCCACAGUUACCUUGAAACCUCAAGUGAAGAAAGAAAACCAGUGGUUUGAUGUUGGCAUUGUGAAAGUUACCAACAUGGUUGUAACACAUUUCUACAUGCCUGCAGAUGACUCCGCUUAUGUUGAUGAUGAUUCUGGCACAAGCCCUGACUACAGCCAGAUGAAGAAGGUGGAGCUUCAGCCUGGGACGGCUUAUAAGUUCAGAGUGGCGGGUAUAAACACAUGUGGUCGUGGUGCCUUUUCUGAAAUAUCUGCUUUCAAGACCUGCUUACCAGGCUUCCCAGGGGCACCGUGUGCCAUAAAGAUAAGCAAGAGUCCAGAUGGCGCACACCUUACAUGGGAGCCUCCAUCAGUGACAUCUGGAAAGAUUACAGAGUAUUCAGUGUAUUUGGCCAUCCAGAGCAGCCAAACCACCGAGGCCAAAGCCUCUACCCCAGCUCAGCUCGCCUUCAUGCGUGUUUACUGUGGGCCCAACCCCUCCUGCCUGGUCCAGUCCUCCAGUCUGUCCAAUGCUCACAUAGACUACACCACCAAACCCGCCAUCAUCUUCCGCAUUGCAGCACGCAACGAGAAGGGUUACGGCCCAGCUACACAAGUGCGAUGGCUGCAAGAGUCAAGCAAAGAUGGCAGUUCUGCAAAGCCUGCCCCAAAAAGAGCAGUUUCUUCACCAGAUAUGAAAGGGAUUGGUCUAAAGAAAGCAAGAAUGGACCAGUGAUGCCCUCUCUCCAUUCGUCCUCCAAAUGCAGGAUGACCUAUCCCAUCUCUUAGCGCUCCAUCCGAAAUUCAAGACAACUUUAACUGUAACUAGAGCAUCCAUUAAAACAGCCCUAAACCAGAAAGGAAAUUGGGUUCAAAACAAUUAUUUUUUUUUUCCAGGAAAAGCUUUUCUCUUUUAAUAGAAUCAAUGGAGAAAAGCACGUUAUGUAGUUUAAUAUUUUUCCACCCAACUUAUUUGGACUGGGAAAAAAAUAAAAAUAAAAAAGUAGCUUUUUCCAUUGUAGAGUCUUCCACUCAGCUUUCCCCAUUUCUUUCAACACAUGUAUUUUCAAAGAUCAGAUAUAAGAUAUUUGUUAGAUGUUUGUUCAGCUUUCAGCAUUCAAAUGAAGUUACUCUUUUUCCUGUGAUGGACUUCAGGGUGAUGUUUUAGAGAGGGAGUCAUGAUGUCUUUCUCAUGGUGGGGGGGAGAAAAUGGAAUUGGGAAAACAAACCAAGCACUUGUCCUCAGACAAGAGGGAUAUUUUCACUUGAGGAAAGUAGAUAGUUUAGUUGAUGUAAGAUCUGCACAAGGAUUCUUUUUGGACUGCAGCCUCCUGCUCAAAUCUUCACUGUGCACUGUGAGGCAAAACUGCAGAUAAAGAAAUGGUCAAGGAUGUUCAUUAUGGGCCGGACAGAGACUUUGAUAGAACUGAGAUUUGCCAUACAAACAAAAAAGAAAAACUCAAGAAAAAAAACAUUUGAAAACUUGACACAAAUUUAGCGUGCGAUGACGGAGAAGAUUUUUGUGUAGUUUAUUUUUGUAUUUUUUAAAGCUUUUCUCCAAUGUGUAUGUGUAUGCGCGUGUGUGGGUUUUUUUUCUUUUUAACUCACUACUAUUAUUUUCUUUAUUUUUAAAAGUUCUCGUUCAUCCCCAUUGGUUUUCAAGGAUUUGUGGUAAGAAAGGCUUUUGGGGGGGUCGUGCUAUCUUCAAAUAGUCUGUUAGACUCUUGCACAGGAGGAAUUGUAUUUGUGCUAAAGCCGAGUGAUAAUAUGAUGGUUGAAAGGAUGUUAACUGAUUUAAACAUCUGAAGAGCUUUUACUUUGUUUACUGCAUAUUUCUAUGCUUGUUUUGGCUGUUUGUGUAUGCCAAACCUAGAGAUGUAAAAAUCUCAAAGCAUCGUUUAAAUUUUUAAUUUUCCCUCACCAAACUGCCAUGGCUUACCUUUAUUUCCUUCCUCUUUUCCUUUUUAACUUUCACUUUUUCCACCACAUGUUUGUAGAAUGUUCUCUGCCCUAGUUAGUGAAGAACGUUUGUGAAGAUAAAAUUAAUUUCUACCUUGUUUUUCUUUGAUUAUCUGAGGGGUAUGCAAAGUAAAUGUUAAAUGUAUACCUGUUUGUCUCCAUGUUGGGGGUUGAUGGAGGUUCUCAUUCUUGGUUGAAGCCGAGUUUAACUGUAAUAUAGUUCAUUCAUACCGCAAGAGGUAACAAUGACAUCUUGGCCUUUUAUAUAUUUACCUGUAACAAAACAUUUUUACAUGUUGGUCAUCUCCCGAUUGCCUUUUUUGUCUUGACUUAUAAAAGAAACAGAAAUAUAUAUACUGUCUCCCUGAUUAAUUUUGACCGAUUAUUGUAGUUUGACGUUUCAUGCAGCAAGUCAGAAGAUUUUGUUCUACCCCUUAGUGUCUUUCACAUUAUUGUAUUGUGAAUUUGAGUUGCUACAUUUGACCAAACGCCUCUUCAGAAAGCUGAUUAGAUAUGACGGACUGCUCAUUUGCAUUAAAAUUGAGAUAUUUCUGUUGAAAUAAAGGAAUGAUAACCCAGUGUAGUAUUCAUAUGAAGUAGUUCAUGAAUUUGUAUUUUUAUAUACAGGUCAGUCCUUUACACAUGCAUUAAGGCACUAAGAGAAAGAAGUCACCGUAGUGAGGAGUUUGUUUUACAUUGUCAAUCGUGCCUCAACAGUUUUCAUUUGAUGUCUUCAUUGUUUCUCUAUAAUCUGGAUGUUGUCUCAAUUUUCUGCAGAAUGACUUUUGAACUGUUGGAAGUGUGGCAUAAAGUAGUCAUGGAAAACUUAAACUUAAUAAAAUCUUAAGUCAGAAAUUUUAAGUGAUCGUACAAUAUUCUAGUUAUGCCUAGCACAACAUUUCAUCAGCUGCAAACUGCUUUGUUAGUAAAUCUCUAUGAAAAGAUGUGGGAGCCCUGUCUCUUAUUAUCUGCCCUGGUGUAAUAAAAAUGAGUCCAGUUUUAAAGGCAUUGUUCACUCCAAAAUGAAAAUUAUCUGCUAAUUUAUUUACCAUCAUAUCAACUCCGAUGUGUAUGACUUCUGCUGAACACAAAUUAAGUUUUGUUUGAAGAAUAUCUCUGCUCUGUUGGUCCUUACAAUGUAAGUGAAUGGUGUCCAGAAGGAAUGACCAGGGACAUUAAAUGACCAGGCAGCUUAAAAGUAAUGCAGAUGACUGCAGUGUUUAAAUCUGUGUCUUCUGAAGUGAAAGGAUAGGUGUGGCUGGGGAAACAUCAAUAUUUAAGUGCUUCAUAGUUAAUUGACCUUCAAAGUUCUGGUCACCAUUUACUUGCAUUGUGAGGACCAACAGAGCUGAAAUAUUCUUUAAAUUGUAUUUGUUUUUGUUCAGCAGAAGAAAGUCAUACACAUCAAUGAUGGCAUAAGAGUGAGUAAAUGAUGAGAGGAUUUUCAUUUUUGGUUGAACUGUCCCUUUAACAUGAUUUUUAGUGUGAACAAAUCACGUACUAGCCUUUUCUGACUAAAGUUAUACACAAUAUUACAACUUUGUUGCCAUGACAACAUAAUGCCUGUAAAAUGGCGGUUUAAGCAACAUUACAGCUCAAGUAUUACACAAGUUUUAACAGAAUAAUUAAUGUAAAUGCUUUUAUAAAAUCAUUAGCUUCACAUUUUUUCCUUUAAACCCUCCAAAAAUUGGCCCCAUUAAUUUCAAUUGUAAGUGCCUAGUUGUAACUUAGAUUUUUGCCUUUUUUAAGAAAAGGAGGGACGAGUCGAAAUAUUUUUUUUGUGGUAAUCAAUAUGCCACAAUUGCAGCAACUGAGCUGAACUUAUUAAACCAGGAAUAUUCCUCUCGAUAUCCCCCCUAUUAUCGUACACUUUCACUUUUUUUAUAAAUUGAAGUAACACCCCCAUUUGGUUAACAUGACUUGAAUUUAUCUCUCCUGAAGAAUCGCUGACCUUUUAUCAAUGGUGUUUUUUUUUUUUGUUGUUUUUUUUAAAAGGAAAUCUUCCCUGAUGGUGGUAUGGUAUAAAUUAGUGUGAUGAUGGUCAACAAACCAGGUGAUGAAUGAAGAUUUUCCCACUCAAUUUACACAAAAAAUAUUGGGAAAACAGUUUUAUUGACCAAAGAGUGUUAACUAAUGGCUUGUGCUUAAAUGCCUGAAACUAGUUUUGUAGAUGGUUGUAAAUUGUGACUAAUGUAUUUCAAGCCCAUACAAAUUUGAAACUGAUUUUAUUGUUAUUAUUUUAUUUUUAUGAAUGAGUUGGACUAGAAAGUGAAGGAAAAGCAGCCAAUAAGUGCCAAGCUGUAAUCAAGGCAAAAUGUUGCUACUUUAAGAAUCAAAAUAUAAGCUAGUUUUCUUAUAUAUAUAUGUAUGGUCACUUCAUAAUUCCUAAACUUCCAUUUGUGUUGUUUUAUAGUUU